AUGCUUCUAAACAAAUUCCCGUCCACCCCGGAGACCAGCUGGACCACGGAAGACGAUUUAUAUGGCCAGAUACGCGUGGCAUCCAGCGAGAUUGUGCUUCUCCCAGGCGUCGACUCCACCCCUAACGAAACGGCCCUCCCUGAAGAGCCUCGGGUGCAAGAACCAUACGAAGUGGCCUUGAAGGUUUUAACUACAGUAGACUACCCCGAGCUUCCAGCAGUCACUUUCCGUUCUAUAUUCCUUGGUCUCGGAUUCUCCGCCUUUGGAGCCGUGCUCGCGCAGAUUUAUUAUUUCAAGCCUCAGAACUUGACUGUCUCCGCUUUGCUUCUGUUGAUCCUCUCGUUUGCGCUGGGGAAUGCCAUGCAUGUCGCGCUUCCGUCCAAAGGCAUUUUUAGGUGGCUCAACCCUGGUCCCUUCAACAUCAAAGAGCAUGCUGCUAUUGUCAUCAUGGCAUCCACGGCCUCAACAUCUGCUACGGCUAUUCAAGUCUUCGCUGUUCAAGAGCUAUUCUACGAUCAUUCAAUGAACGCCGGCGUCGCAAUUUUCACUCUGCUCGCGUCUCAGCUCAUAGGAUACGGAUUCGCAGGAUUGCUGCAGGACGUCCUUGUAAAGCCCACGAAGUGCUUCUGGCCAGCAUCCAUCCAAACAGCCAAUCUGUUUCAGGCGCUGCAUUACGACAAGCAGUUCUCGUCAAAGCGCGUGCGCAUGUUCUGGAUUGUGUUUGCCGUGAUGUUCUGCUGGGCAAUCGUACCCGAGUGGAUAUUUCCGGUCCUCACGGGUAUAUCUGUCUUCUGUCUCGCUGACAAUCAUAGCCCGGUUAUUCGGAACAUCUUUGGGGGCGCCAGCAGCAACGAGGGCAUGGGAAUGCUUUCAAUAUGCCUCGACUGGAACAUCAUAUCGAGUCUCUGCUUCUGGGCGCCGCUGUCGUAUCAGCUGAACAUCGACAUUGGCAUCUUCCUGGCGUACAUCAUGAUUUCCGCCAUAUAUUAUGGCAACGUCUGGGGCUCCCUGUCAUUCCCUUUCAUGAGCCAGUCUCUAUACACCGCAAAUGGAACCGUCUACGACCAGACAGCCAUUCUAACCAACGGGAAGUUUGACGCUACUAAGUUCGCCAAGCUAGGACCAGCAUACUUGUCGGGGACAUUUGUCUUUGGGCUUAUUGCCUCGAACCUCUCUGUCGGUGCAUUGCUCACGCAUGUCGGCCUGUGGCAUUGGAGAAACUUUGUACCCUUCUUCCUGUCCUUGAACCCGCGCAACCGCGUUGAGCACGUCAUUGAUGAUCCCCAUUGGGAGAAAAUGAAGGCCUACAAACAGAUCCCCCGCUGGUGGUACGUCGCCGUGUUGGCCGGAGCCUAUGUGACCGCGCAAGCAAGUGACCAACUACACUGGUCACUCUGGCCUUCCGUGGUGGGCCUUGACGGUCGUCCUUCUCUCUCCUUCACUCUCACCGCUCUAUACGGGAUUCUGGACGCAUUGAUCGGGUUCUACAGCAAUGCCACUGCGUUCUAUGAGAUGAUCACCGCUUACCUUGUUCCUGGGGACCCGGUCGCGAACAUGUACGGCUCAUUGUACGGAGGACAACCUAUGAUACAAGCAUUCGCUUUUUUGGGAGACCUCAAGCUCGGUCAGUACGUGAAGUUGGCACCGCGCGUAACGUUCUGCAUGCAGAUGGCUGGCACCAUUGUUGGAGCGCUCCUGAAUUACGUCGUCGCGCUCUCGAUUUUGAACUCUCAGCGAGACGCGCUCUUAUCGGUCUCCGGUACUCGACUUUGGUCGGGCCUCAGUAUCGAGGUAUACAACACGAGUGCCAUUGCGUGGGGAGCGCUGGGUCCGCAGAUGUUUAGCGGGAAGGCACUAUAUCGCAUGGUACCAAUAUCAUUGGCCGUAGGCUUGUUCCUUCCUCUGCCUUUCUACAUUGCGCACCGUAUUUGGCCAAAAGUUGGCUUCCAAUACUUCAACACCAGUAUUAUCUUUGAGUUCGCUGGACAAGUAUAUGGCGGUAUCAAUAGCUAUGUCAAUACCUCAAUGGUCAUCGGACUGUUCACGCAGUGGUGGGUACGCACCCGCCACCCUCGGUGGUUCAUCAAGUACAACUAUCUCAUCGCCUCGGCCAUGGACGCUGGUACCCAGAUUGUCAUCUUCAUUUUGAACUUCGCAAUCUUCGGGGCCGCGGGCACCGCCGUUGCAUUCCACAAUGGUGGGGCAAUGCUUGUCAGCUGA